UGCACGCGCACGCAGGGCGCCCGCGCUCACGCACGUCCACGUCCCGAGAUGCGCCGGGGCCGGAGGCGGGGGGGGAAUUUGAAUUCGCACGGUGGCGCUUGGGCGGGCGGUUAGCGAGCGGCCCGCGUCCGUUAGUCGGUAGCGUGGCCCCACCCGCCUCAGGAAAUGACCUCCAAGAGCAUCAUUAGUAGCCGCUUCGGCUUCGGCAAAGUCGCCGUGUCCAAGUCGGACGGCGAGGCGGAGAAGCUCCGCAAGGAGAACGCGCUGCUGAAGCGGUCCCUGGAGGAGCUGAGCAAAGGCCGGACGUGGGAGAGGGAGAGGAACAGGCUCCUGGAGAAAAUUCUUGCACUUGAAACUACAAAACAGAAGCAGAUCCAAGAACUUGAACAGAAAGAUAAGCAGAUUCUGACAAUGAAAGAUCGACUGCCAAAAUCUGGUGGAAAUGAUGUGACUACUCUAUGUAACCAGCUUGCAGAAAAAACUAAAGAUGCCAAAAGAAAAGAGCAACUCUUCAAGUCCUUGAGUGAGGAAACUGAAAAUCUGAAAAGUGAAUUGUCUGCAAUCACAUUAAAAUGUAAAGAACUUGAAAGCAAUGUUCCAACACUUCAACCCCCGAGCCAAACUGCAUCACAUGACUUUGGAACUGUUCAAGCUCAACUGAAAGAUGCUCUUGAGAAAAAUCAGCAAUGGCUAGUUUAUGACCAACAGCGAGAGGCCUAUGUCAGGGGGCUGCUGGCCCGGAUAUUUGAGCUGGAGCAGGAAACUAGAAAAUAUUGUGAGACCAACACAGCAAAUGAACUGUCAGAAGAUAAACAGAAACACUAUGACCAACUUCUUUCAACUGCUAAAAAAGAUUUCGAAGAACAACAUGAGAUUGCAGAGGGACUAAAGUCAGAGCUUUCUGAAAUGAGAAAGCGAUAUGAAGAAAAGAACUUGGAAGUCAAGGCCAUAAGUAUCAAAUUACAGGCAGAACAAGGUUGCAACAAAUGGAAGGCUGAUGAAGAAAGGAAGUGCUCAGCAGAAAAGAUGCAGAGACUUCAAACUGACUUGGAGACCUUAAAAGCCCAAUAUGAAGAGGAGAAAAAAAGAUCAGCUGACCUUUUGUAUCAGAUCCAGCUCCUUCAAAGGUCCUCCAUAAACCAGCAAGAAGAACAAUCAAGAAAUAGAAUAAUGGAACAACAGAUGCAGAACAUUUCUUCAGACUUCGAAAAUGAGAAACAUGAACGUCAAAAUCUGCAACAUCAAUUACACAAAGUCUUGAAAGAAUUGCGCAAGGCACGAGAGCAAAUCGCAAGGCUUGAGAAUACUCAAGUAGAAGACAACCGCCUCCUAGAGCCAGUGUUGAACAAAAGUGGUGAAGAUCAAGAGAAAUCGCGUGUUCCAAGAUCCAGAAAUCACCUUGAUGAGAGUUUCUUGGAAUGUCCCAAGUGCAAAGCUCAGUACCCCACCAGUCGGCACCGUGACCUGCUGGAGCAUGUUGAUAUUUGCAAUUACUAAAUUCUGUUGUUUUCCCAGCCCCCCCCCCCCCCCCCCCCCCCCCCCCCCCCCCCCCAACUCUUUUUCUCUUCUCUGUCCCUUCUCUCUUCUCUCUCCAGUUGCACACUCAAAGCUUGCAAUCCCAAAGUUCUGACACCAAAGAAUAAUUAAUUGGGACAUUAGAUGGCUUUGAUCUUUUGAAUACAUGCAAAAAGUGGCUGA